AUGGCCGAGGCCAGAUCGCAACACCAUGCCGGCAGCGCCGAAGCAGCGAGCACCCGCGACCCAGAAGCUGAGGCCUUACUGUUCGACGACGACGGAGGGUCCUCGGAUGGCGACGAUGAUAUUGCCAAGGAACAAAAACAAGACCCGGCAGCAACCGGCGCCGCAAAUGGGGCAACGAGGCCGCCAGGAGCCGCCGCCGCCGCCCCGGCGCACGGCGCGAUGAGGACGCCCUCGUCCCCAGGGACCCCGACACCACCAGGGCAACGGACGCCGCGCACACCCCAGCGAGUCCGCUUCGAUCCGAACCCCACGAUCCUCCACGGUCGCACGCCCAAUGGCACGGCGGACAGCUUCGACAGCCAGCGACGCGGCUCGUCCUCUUCGGACCAGCGCGACAGCUUCGACGACCUUGACUUCGACAUCGACGGCGGCGACGGCGGCGACGGGCAGCACCGCCGGCCGCUGCUGACGGGCAUCGAGGCGCCCAGCGUGGCGCUGGCCAACGGGCCCUGGGGCGGCGAGCACGAAGACGCCGACAGCUGGGCCGAGAGCGAGCGCCAGCGGCCCAAGUCCGGGCUGCGGGCGGCCUUCAUGAACAUGGCCAACAGCAUCAUCGGCGCGGGCAUCAUCGGCCAGCCGUACGCGUUCAAGCAGGCCGGGCUGCUGUCGGGCGUGGUCCUGCUCGUGGGCCUGACCGUCGUCGUCGACUGGACCAUCUGCCUGAUCGUCGUCAACAGCAAGCUCAGCGGCGCCAACAGCUUCCAGGGCACCGUCGAGCACUGCUUCGGGAGGAGUGGCCUCAUUGCCAUUAGCCUCGCGCAGUGGCUCUUUGCGUUCGGCGGCAUGGUGGCGUUCGGGGUCAUCGUGGGCGACACAAUACCACACGUGCUGCAGGCCGUUUGGCCCGGCCUUAGCGACAUGCCGGUGCUUGGGAUACUGGCGGAUAGAAGAGCUGUGAUUGUGAUAUUCAUACUUGGGGUCAGCUACCCAUUGACAUUAUAUAGAGACAUCGCGAAGCUUGCAAAAGCUAGCACGCUUGCCUUGAUCAGCAUGGUGGUCAUUCUAGUUACUGUAAUAAUCCAGGGUAUCUUGGUGCCCUCAGAGGACCGGGGAUCCUUCAGCACGCCACUCCUCACGGUAAACACAGCCUUUGUCUGCCAUCAUAACUCCCUCCUGAUCUACGGCUCCCUCAAAACGCCCACCAUCGACCGCUUCAGCCGUGUCACGCACUUCUCCACGGGCGUGUCGAUGCUGGCGUGCCUGCUCAUGGCGCUCGCCGGCUUCAUCACGUUCGGCGACAAGACGCUGGGCAACAUCCUCAACAACUUCCCCGCCGACAACACCAUGGUCAACAUCGCGCGGCUGUGCCUCGGCCUCAACAUGCUCACGACGCUGCCCCUCGAGGCCUUCGUCUGCCGCGAGGUCAUGCUCAACUACUACUUCCCGGGCGAGCCCUUCAACAUGCACCUCCACCUCAUCUUCAGCACGAGCCUCGUCGUCAGCGCCACCGUGCUGAGCGUCAUGACCUGCGACCUGGGCUCCGUGUUCGAGCUCGUCGGCGCUACGAGCGCGUGCGCCAUGGCUUAUAUACUCCCUCCGCUAUGUUAUAUAAAGCUGUCUUCCAGGUCGUGGAAGACAUAUGUCGCCGUCGCCAUCGUGGUUUUCGGAUGCGGUGUCAUGGUCAUAAGUACCCUCCUAGCGGUGAAGGAGGUGUUUCACAAUGUAUGUAAAGACAACGACGCUGGGAAAGGCAUCGCAUAUCCGCUCGCCGCGGAACUGGCCACAUAG